UCUCCCCACUCUUUCAUUCUCACUUGAAUUGGUAAGUCUUUUACCAAGAACAUCAACACAAAGCCAUUCUAAGUAAUUUCUCCUAAAAUGGCAAUCUUUUAGCAAAAAUCCAUUCAGGCCCUUGUAACCUUGAUUUGUCUCUCAAUUCUUGGCUUUUAAAUUCUCACUCUCUAUAAUUCUUGGAUGGGAGAUUUUUAUUUUAUGAGCCACCAAGAAAGAAAGACGACAACAACUAAUAAUACUACUACUACUUCUUCAGAUUUACAAAUCUUUGUUCCUAAACCUAAGCAAGAAGAAGAUGUUUUGUUCAUAAGCCGCAAGCACUUUUUGUCUGCUCUUUAUACAAAAAAUAUACAAGGGAAGCGAUUGCCAUUCUACAGAUUUGUCCAACAGAGUGGAAUCGGAAUGAAUCUAGUGCCAAAUCCACCGAUUCCUCAUCAGCUUCAAAUUUAUACAAAAAAAACUAAUGGAUCCGUUGGUGUUGAAGAGUUGGCACCAAAGCCAGUGGCAGGAACAUCAAAAGUAAAAUCAAAGCCACUUCCCUCAGAUAUAUCAGUGGAUGACUAUCCCAUUGAAGCUGUUCCAAUUUCAUUUAAGAUGCCGAAUUUCAUCGUGCCAGAUGACCAGCAGCUUGUUGCUGGUCAAACUGAGGAGAAUGCUACCUUGAGGAAUAUUGGAGCUAGAAGCAGGAAAGAAGAGCCCAGUUGGCUGAAGAAUUGGAACAUUUACCCUAGACAACGCCCAAAUGGGAGAAUUGACAAGUACUAUUAUCACAAAGAAACCAACGUUAUGUGCCGAUCACUUGUUGAGGUUGAUAACUAUGAACUGUAUGGAAUAAGCCCAAGGCAACUGAAAAAGAUGAAGAAAGAGGAAGGGACCGAAAAUCCAACGCCACAAGCUUCAGCUUCUGAAGGGGCAAGCAAGGCCUCAUUGAAGAGGAAAAGGGCGUCCUCUAAUAGCUGUUUGAAAGAAGAAGAUCAAAUGGUGUACCAGUCACCAGACAAUUCCGAUUCGAAUCCCAUUUCCAAAGCAAAAAUACAACAAACUGUUGAGGAGUUCCUCAGAGAAGCUCAUGAAAACCAGCUCAACCAGGUUUAUGCUGCUGAAUAUAGUCCAGAGGCACCACUUGAUUGCUCAACUCUCGUCAUGGCUGAAGAGAAGAAUGCAGAAGUGGGUGACAGCAUUUUGCCUGAAACUGACGGGAAAGACGACAUUGCUAGCGGAGAUAGCCAGAUCGAGGAGCCUAUGACUGAUUUUCUGCUUAUGGACAUCCCUAUCGACUUUGGUUUCGACUCUAUGAUUUAGUAGAUAAUUGUUUUCUUCAGAAUAACAGAAAGAAAAGAAAAGUGUGCUUGUUACUUUUCUGGGAUAAUACUCCUCUAAGGACAUUGGACUUAUCUAGAGGUUCCAGUUCCGUUUUAAUUCCUGUCUUCAGAAUAAUUAUGUAAUGAGUUAAAACUCAUUUUGGUUUAUAACUUAAUUUCAUAAUCGCUUUUAUAUGUCA